AUUGGCUAUUCACCUCUUUACUUUCUGCCUUUGGUACUCGUACUACCAUUCGAACGGGGCCCAGAGAUUCCGGCGCCGAAGUUGUGCAGCAUUGUGCAGGGGGUGACUUUUUUGCACGAGAGGAGGGAACGUCGUCAAAAGAAGGGGAAAUGAACUCUUUUUCUCCUCCCGCGUUGGAGGAACUUCGAUCGCGUCGCGAUGCCCUCGAUUUCGUGUGGUUGAACGAAAAUCAGUGCUUGUAUUUCCAGCCCAGCCUUAGCCCAGGCUUUCCCUAGCCAGCUGCCAGCACGCGGGUGUACGGUACCUGUCUCAAGUCCCGCAAGUUCGAGCGGGUGGCGCCAAUCAUGUCCCUUCCUUUGGCGGCAAAUCCCGAGGCUCCAGCCCACCAAGACCACCACCAAGAGGCCCAUACGGAGAAAGAUGAGGUUAAUCCAACGACGACUGCGAAAUCCGUCAACUCUGUAAGCGAACAGAAUGGAUCGAGUAAGGGGGUGGAGGCCAGUGGCUCGUCGGCCGAAAUCCCUAUGGUUGACGAGAAAUCUGUGAAGAAGGAAGAUGAUGGGGUGGUUAGCAUCCAACAGGAGAAAGAUGGGAAGGAAAAGGAAGAGGAAGAGGAAGAGGUUGAGGAUCAGAUAGUCUACCCUGGCGGACUGAAGCUUGCACUUCUUACUUUUGGUCUGUGUACGGCGAAUUUGGCCGUUGCUUUAGGUACAUACCUUUUCUUUUUAUUUGCCUUUGGAGAUGUUGUUCAGUGACAAAAAAGUCCAAAACGGUCAUCAAGUUCAACUCUUCUGAGUUUUACUACAUCUUAUACUUUCCGACGCUAAUAAACAUCUUCAGACAACUCAAUACUAGCCACUGCCAUUCCCAAAAUCACGACCGUCUUUCCUAAUUCUUUAAAGGAUGUUGGAUGGUAUGGAUCAGGUGUAAGAAAACCAUUUACAACGAUUCAGGAUUGAGUUCUAUGAAGACUCUUUGGUCUAUUCUCUUAUAUAGAUAGCAACAAUUACUAACUCCUCCAAUACAGUAUCUCCUCACAACCACUGCCUUACAACCCUCAUUUGGUCGAAUAUAUACAUAUUUCAAUGUCAGAAAUACAUACCUAGUCGGCCUUCUCCUCUUUGAGGUCGGUUCUAUAAUUUGUGCCACUGCUCAGAACUCAGUCUCGCUUAUCAUCGGACGAGCUGUCGCUGGUGCUGGAGCAGCGGCUCUAUUCUCUGGAUCAAUGAUCAUUAUUGGAUUUACAGUGCCACUGGGCACGCGGCCGUUUUACAUUGCCUGUUUGUCAAGUAUGUUUGGAAUUGCUUCAGUUGUCGGACCGCUGCUUGGUGGAGUAUUGACCGAUCGUGUCUCAUGGAGGUGGUGUUUUUGGGUAUAAUUUGAUUCAUUUUCCUCGGGCAAUUCUGUCACUAACACUCAAACUUCAGAUAAACCUUCCUUUUGGGGGUAUUGCGGUCAUAGCCAUCAUUGCCUUUUUCAAGCCCCCCAAACGCAAAGAGAGUACUCUGAGCAUCAAGCAAAAGGUCCUGGAAAUUGAUCUCUUAGGGGCCUUUUUUCUCAUCUGCGCCAUUAUAUGCUUAUUAUUGGCACUUCAAUGGGGAGGAUCGACUUAUCCAUGGAAGGACUCGAAGGUUUGGGGUUGUCUUCUCGGGUUCGGACUUAUCAUUUCGCUCUUCAUAGGUCAACAAUUCCGUCGUGGCGACAGAGCUACGAUUCCUCCUAGGAUUUUCAAACAACGGACAGUUUUGUUCUCGAGUCUUUUCUCCUGUUUCUUGUCUAUGGGAUUAUAUGUAUGUCACCUGCACUUUAUUCCACAAGAUUUUGCGCUAACGCUAAGCUAGGUCCACGUCUACUUUCUGCCGUUUUACUUUCAAGCUAUCAAAGGAACAACAGCAGAAGGAUCGGGAAUCAGAACUAUUCCUUACGUCGCCACCAUCACCGGUGCAGCCGUGGUUGUAGGACUCGGAAUCACACUCCUAGGACCUUACAAACCCUUCAUGAUAGUCGGAGCAGCAAUCUACACUGUCGGAGCAGGAUUGAUCUACCUACUCAAAAUUGACUCUCCCGCCAAGGACUGGAUUGGAUUCCAACUACUCUCAGGAAUUGGUGCCGGUGCAGGAGUCCAAAUCCCCUUCGUCGCCGUCCAAGUAGUCCUCAACAACCGAGACAUGCCAACGGGAAACGCUAUAGCAAUCUUCUCCAAUUCCCUUGGCGGCGCAAUAUCCAUCUCAAUAGGACAAAACGUCUUCUCCAACGGACUCUAUAAAUACAUUCCCACAUAUGCGCCCAAUAUCCCAGUGGAUGUCGUUGUUUCGGCUGGCGCCACUCAUCUGAGAGAGGCGAUAGAAGGUAUCGAUCCUACGGCUUUGCCGAACGUGUUGGUGGCGUAUAUGAAGGCUAUUAAUGAGACUUUUAUUAUUGCUAUUGCGGUGGGAUCUUUGGCGACGAUAUUCGCGUGUUUUGUGGAGGGGAAGAGUGUUAAGGGGAAGAAAAUUGAACAGGGUGCUGUAGCGUGAGGUGGUUUAUUUUAGGGAUUAGGGGUUACUUGCAUAUAUCUUCAU